CCCGCUGCCUUGCCUCGCGCGCAGUGGGGAAGGGGAGUGAGUAGAGGCGCUUACGUCGCGCGGGAGGCGGAGGCGACGGCGACCUCGGUGGCAGCGGCGGCGACUACGACGGAGACGGUUGCGCUCUCGCUGGGUCUCUCGGCGUCAUGGCGGCUGCCGGGGGCCGAUAAGCGGCGGGAGCGGGAGCGCGUGCGCGACGAAGACGACGAAGACUCGUUACUUCACUUCUCGCUGUCGCUUCCCUUGCCUUUGGUGCUUCAAUAAUGAAUUGAUUGUUGGAUCUGCUCCUCCAAGGAUCGUGCGUUGGUGCCGGGGGCCGGGGCUUCCCCUUCCCCUCCGCGCCCUUCCCCUUUCUCCUCCCCCUCCGGACUCUUGCUUACCCCGAGACGUCCGGGAGCCCGAGUACUCGGCAGCGGAGACCGCGGGCCCGGGCGCGGGGGAGGCCGCUGACCCUAGCCGGCUCCCUCCGCCCCGCGAAGCUCGCCCGCCCGCGGGUAAAUCAGAAAGGGUCCCAGGAAACUUGUGAAUGUUGGAGACGAUACACCUAUGAAUUUUUGAUAUUCAAGGAGGAGUCAGUAUUUAUAUUCAUCUUUUAAACUGGGAAGAUUUAUAUUUUAUUUUAAACCUUCUUGAUAUUUACAAUGAAUGGACAUAGUGAUGAAGAAAGUGUUAGAAACAGUAGUGGAGAAUCAAGCCAGUCGGAUGAUGAUUCUGGGUCAGCUUCCGGCUCUGGAUCUGGUUCAAGUUCUGGAACCAGUAGUGAUGGAAGCAGUAGCCAGUCAGGUAGCAGCGACUCUGACUCUGGAUCUGAAUCGGGCAGUCAGUCAGAGUCUGAGUCAGACACUUCCCGAGAAAACAAAGUUCAAGCAAAACCACCGAAAGUUGAUGGAGCUGAGUUUUGGAAAUCUAGCCCUAGUAUUCUGGCUGUUCAGAGAUCGGCGAUGCUCAAGAAGCAGCAGCAACAGCAGCAACAACAUCAAGCUUCAUCUAAUAGUGGAUCAGAAGAGGAUUCCUCUAGUAGUGAAGACUCUGAUGACUCAUCAAAUGAGGUCAAAAGGAAGAAGCAUAAAGAUGAAGACUGGCAAAUGUCUGGGUCGGGAUCUCCAUCUCAGUCUGGUUCAGAUUCAGAAUCUGAGGAAGAAAGAGAUAAAAGCAGUUGUGAUGAAACAGAAUCUGAUUAUGAGCCAAAAAACAAAGUUAAAAGCAGAAAACCUCAAAAUAGAACUAAGUCCAAAAAUGGAAAAAAAGUUCCUGCACAAAAAAAGAGACAGAUUGAUUCAUCUGAGGAGGAGGAGGAGGAUGAGGAUGAAGAGUAUGAUCAUGAUAAAAGAAGUUCUCGUCGCCAAGCAACUGUCAAUGUUAGCUAUAAGGAAGAUGAAGAAAUGAAAACAGAUUCUGAUGACUUACUGGAAGUCUGUGGAGAAGAUGUUCCUCAACCUGAGGAAGAGGAAUUUGAAACAAUAGAAAGGUUUAUGGAUUGUCGGAUUGGGAGAAAAGGAGCUACUGGUGCUACUACAACCAUCUAUGCAGUUGAAGCAGAUGGUGACCCAAAUGCAGGAUUUGAAAAAAACAAAGAAUCAGGAGAGAUCCAGUAUUUAAUUAAAUGGAAAGGAUGGUCCCAUAUCCAUAAUACUUGGGAGACAGAAGAAACCCUUAAGCAGCAGAAUGUUAGAGGAAUGAAAAAGUUGGAUAAUUAUAAGAAAAAAGAUCAGGAAACAAAAAGAUGGUUGAAAAAUGCUUCUCCAGAAGAUGUGGAGUAUUAUAACUGCCAGCAAGAACUUACAGAUGAUCUGCAUAAACAGUAUCAAAUAGUGGAGCGAAUAAUUGCUCAUUCCAAUCAAAAGUCAGCAGCUGGUUAUCCUGAUUAUUAUUGCAAAUGGCAGGGCCUUCCAUACUCUGAGUGCAGCUGGGAAGAUGGAGCUCUUAUUUCCAAAAAGUUUCAAGCAUGCAUAGAUGAGUAUUUUAGCAGAAAUCAGUCAAAAACCACUCCUUUUAAAGAUUGCAAAGUAUUAAAACAAAGGCCAAGAUUUGUAGCCCUGAAGAAACAACCAUCCUAUAUUGGAGGGCAUGAGGGCUUAGAAUUAAGAGAUUAUCAACUGAAUGGUUUAAAUUGGCUUGCUCACUCUUGGUGCAAAGGAAAUAGUUGUAUACUUGCUGAUGAAAUGGGCCUUGGAAAAACAAUACAGACGAUCUCAUUUCUGAACUAUUUGUUUCAUGAGCAUCAGUUAUAUGGACCUUUUCUGUUAGUAGUACCACUCUCUACUCUCACUUCCUGGCAAAGAGAGAUUCAGACAUGGGCUGCUCAGAUGAAUGCUGUGGUUUAUUUAGGUGACAUUAACAGCAGAAACAUGAUAAGAACACAUGAAUGGAUGCAUCCCCAGACCAAACGGUUAAAAUUUAAUAUACUGUUAACAACUUAUGAAAUAUUAUUGAAGGACAAGGCAUUCCUUGGAGGUCUGAAUUGGGCAUUUAUAGGUGUAGAUGAAGCACAUCGAUUGAAGAAUGACGACUCCCUUCUGUAUAAAACUUUGAUAGAUUUUAAGUCCAAUCACCGUCUUCUUAUCACUGGAACUCCUCUACAAAACUCUCUCAAAGAACUCUGGUCUUUGUUACAUUUCAUUAUGCCAGAAAAGUUUUCUUCUUGGGAAGAUUUUGAAGAAGAACAUGGCAAAGGGAGAGAAUAUGGUUAUGCAAGUCUCCACAAGGAACUUGAGCCAUUUCUCUUACGCAGAGUUAAGAAAGAUGUGGAAAAAUCUCUUCCUGCUAAAGUUGAGCAAAUUUUAAGAAUGGAAAUGAGUGCUUUACAGAAACAAUAUUACAAAUGGAUUUUAACUAGGAAUUACAAAGCCCUCAGCAAAGGUUCCAAGGGCAGUACCUCAGGCUUUUUGAACAUUAUGAUGGAGCUAAAGAAAUGUUGUAACCACUGCUACCUCAUUAAACCACCAGAUAAUAAUGAAUUCUAUAAUAAACAGGAGGCCUUACAACACUUAAUCCGCAGUAGUGGAAAACUGAUUCUUCUUGACAAGCUGUUAAUUCGCCUCAGAGAACGAGGCAAUAGAGUUCUUAUUUUUUCUCAAAUGGUGCGGAUGUUAGAUAUACUUGCAGAAUAUUUGAAAUAUCGUCAAUUCCCCUUUCAAAGAUUAGAUGGAUCAAUAAAAGGGGAGCUUAGGAAACAAGCUCUGGAUCACUUUAAUGCUGAAGGAUCAGAGGAUUUCUGUUUUCUGCUUUCCACAAGAGCUGGCGGUCUAGGGAUUAAUUUAGCCUCCGCUGACACUGUUGUUAUAUUUGAUUCUGAUUGGAAUCCACAGAAUGAUCUUCAGGCCCAGGCUAGAGCUCAUCGAAUUGGGCAAAAGAAGCAGGUGAAUAUUUAUCGUCUAGUUACAAAGGGGUCGGUUGAAGAAGAUAUUCUUGAAAGGGCCAAAAAGAAGAUGGUUUUAGAUCAUCUUGUGAUUCAGAGAAUGGACACAACUGGAAAGACAGUAUUACACACAGGUUCUGCCCCUUCAAGUUCUACUCCUUUUAAUAAAGAAGAGUUAUCAGCCAUUUUAAAGUUUGGUGCUGAGGAACUUUUUAAGGAACCUGAAGGAGAAGAACAAGAACCACAGGAAAUGGAUAUAGAUGAAAUCUUGAAGAGGGCUGAAACUCAUGAAAAUGAACCAGGUCCAUUAACUGUAGGAGAUGAAUUGCUUUCCCAGUUCAAGGUUGCCAACUUUUCAAAUAUGGAUGAGGAUGAUAUUGAGUUGGAACCUGAAAGAAAUUCAAAGAAUUGGGAGGAGAUCAUUCCAGAAGAUCAAAGACGACGAUUAGAAGAGGAAGAAAGACAAAAGGAACUUGAAGAAAUUUAUAUGCUCCCAAGAAUGAGAAAUUGUGCAAAACAGAUUAGUUUCAAUGGAAGUGAAGGGAGGCGCAGUAGAAGUAGAAGAUAUUCUGGAUCUGAUAGUGAUUCGAUCUCAGAAAGGAAAAGGCCAAAGAAACGUGGAAGACCACGCACUAUCCCGCGAGAGAAUAUUAAAGGAUUUAGUGAUGCAGAAAUUAGGCGGUUUAUCAAGAGUUACAAGAAAUUUGGUGGCCCUCUCGAAAGAUUGGAUGCAAUUGCUCGAGAUGCUGAAUUAGUUGAUAAAUCAGAGACAGACCUCAGACGACUAGGAGAAUUGGUACAUAAUGGUUGUAUUAAAGCUUUAAAGGAUAGUUCUUCAGGAACAGAACGAACAGGUGGCAGGCUUGGAAAAGUGAAGGGUCCAACAUUCCGAAUAUCAGGAGUACAGGUGAAUGCCAAACUAGUUAUUGCCCAUGAAGAAGAAUUAAUACCUUUGCACAAAUCCAUUCCUUCAGAUCCAGAGGAAAGAAAACAGUAUACUAUCCCAUGCCACACCAAGGCGGCUCAUUUUGAUAUAGACUGGGGAAAAGAAGAUGAUUCUAAUUUGUUAAUUGGCAUCUACGAAUAUGGAUAUGGAAGCUGGGAAAUGAUUAAAAUGGAUCCUGACCUCAGUUUAACACACAAGAUUCUCCCAGAUGAUCCUGAUAAAAAACCACAAGCAAAACAGUUGCAGACACGUGCAGACUACCUCAUCAAAUUACUUAGUAAAGAUCUCGCAAGAAAAGAAGCUCAGAGACUUUCUGGUGCAGGAAGUUCAAAGAGGAGGAAAGCAAGAGCUAAGAAGAAUAAAGCAAUGAAGUCUAUGAAAGUGAAAGAGGAAAUCAAGAGUGAUUCUUCUCCCCUGCCCUCUGAAAAAUCUGACGAAGAUGAUGAAAAGGAUGAGAUCACUUCUGUGAAAAAUCCAAAUAAAAAAUUUAAAACAGAAAGAGACAGUGAAGAAAAGCCUGAGCCAGAUGUUUGUAUAAAGAAGGAACCAGAAGAAAAAAGGGAAGCAAAAGAAAAGGAAAAUAAAAGAGAACAUAAAAGGGAGCUUAAAGAAAAAGAGGCUAAGAAAGAUAUAAAGGAAAAAGACUUUAAAGAAAAAAGAGAAAAAGUAAAAGAAGCUAUACAGAAAGAAAAAGACAUAAAGGAAGAAAAGUUGAGUGAAUCCAAAUCUGAUAGCAAGGAAAGAUCCAAAAAAUCUUCAGUGUCAGAUGCUCCAGUUCAUAUCACUGCAAGCGGUGAACCAGUUCCCAUAUCUGAAGAAUCUGAAGAACUAGAUCAGAAGACAUUCAGCAUUUGUAAAGAAAGAAUGAGGCCUGUCAAAGCAGCUUUGAAGCAGCUUGAUAGGCCUGAGAAAGGCCUUUCAGAAAGAGAACAACUCGAGCAUACUAGACAAUGUUUAAUAAAAAUCGGAGAUCAUAUCACAGAAUGCCUGAAAGAGUAUACGAAUCCUGAACAAAUCAAGCAGUGGAGAAAAAACCUGUGGAUUUUUGUAUCUAAAUUUACUGAGUUUGAUGCAAGAAAAUUACACAAAUUAUAUAAGCAUGCUAUUAAAAAACGGCAGGAAUCUCAGCAAAACAGUGACCAGAACAGCAACUUGAAUACCCAUGUUAUUAGAAAUCCAGAUGUGGAAAGAUUAAAAGAGAAUACAAAUCACGAUGAUAGUAGCAGGGACAGUUAUUCAUCUGAUAGACACUUAUCUCAGUAUUUUGAUCAUCAUAAAGACCGACAUCAGGGAGAUUCUUACAAAAAGAGUGAUUCCAGGAAGAGACCCUAUUCUUCAUUUAGUAAUGGUAAAGAUCAUCGUGAUUGGGAUCACUACAAGCAAGACAGCAGAUAUUACAGUGAUAGAGAGAAACACAGAAAACUGGAUGAUCACAGGAGUAGAGAACACAGGUCAAAUUUGGAAGGAAGUUUAAAAGAUAGAUCUCAUUCUGAUCAUCGUUUUCAUUCAGAUCAUCGGUUACAUUCAGACCACCGAUCAAGUUCUGAAUAUACACACCAUAAAUCUUCCAGGGAUUAUAGGUAUCAUUCAGAUUGGCAAAUGGACCACAGAGCUUCCAGUAGUGGCCCUAGGUCACCACUAGAUCAGAGGUCUCCUUAUGGCUCCAGAUCUCCAUUUGAACACUCAAUUGAACACAAAAGUACACCUGAGCAUACCUGGAGUAGUCGGAAAACAUAACAAAAACUGAUACUUUGUCUUUCUUGGACUUUUCUUUUAGCCAUAUAUCAUAAACCAACACAGUAAUUGCCUUACAUGACUUGAAAGAUAUAAAACAGAUCUUCUAUCAGUAGCAGUAUUGUUACUUCUUUCCAGGAUGCAAGGUCUAUUAUCCCAACAGAAGAGAAAAUAUUUUUAUAUUUAAGGAUUAUGCUGCACUGUACUACAAAUGUUGUAGUACAUUUUUGUUGUUGUUUUUGUUUUUUUAAAGAAAUGGAAAAUGUUUACUAUUACAGGGACCUCAACACUGCCCUCCCAUAUAGGCUGGAUAAAACUGUUUUUAAGUCAGUGAUUUUAGACUGACAUCCAUUUAAAUUAUGUUUGUAUAUGAACUUUACGCUCUGACCUGUGAUCAUGUUUCAGGAAGGAAUGAAAGAGAGUUCUUUUCUUAAUAAAGAAAAAACACUCAAGGACUUUGUUCACUUUCCAAAGCUACUUGUUUACAUUGUACACUGCGACCACCUUGCCGCUUUUCAUCACAAGCUUGAAUAUUUAAAUUCUGUACUUAGAUCUGUAAAAUAGCCAGAAAUUUCCUGUUUGUGAUCUAUUAUUUUACCUUUUUUUUACAAAAGAAAAUGGCUGUAAAUUAUUGUAAAUGGAUUAAAUGAGCUUUCCUUAACUUCCCUCCCCUUCUCAGGCUUUUUUUGACUGUUCCUUUCCCUACCAACUCAGGCCUUCUUAUCAUAAAAAAAAAAGCAGUGUAAUAACACUUUUUAAUGAUUUGUCUUGAUGGAAUCAUUGUUUAGAAUGUAAAGAAAAUGGGGAAAGGGUCCCCUGAAUUCCUUUAGUUCUCUUUUUAUAUUGAAUAUUUUAUUAGAUACAUGUUGUUUGCCCCCCACCCCCCUUUUUUUUCUUUUUUUAGUCAAUAUUGUGUUUGUAGUAACAUGAUGAGAUGAUAUGUAAAAUCUAAACUGCAUGCUCUGGAAACAUUUUUUUUUUCAGAUGCAUUUGGUUUAAAAGGGUAGGUGUAUGAACACUUUCAGAAUCCAAAAUGGCCAAAAGUUAUUGUAAAUCCAUUUGUUUUCCCUUUUCAUGUGGGCAAUAAUGUCAUAUGUGCUAUGCAGCCAGGUUAACAUUUUAGAUAAACUUGAUUGACUUUUAAUAUAAACUGUUAUAAUGCACACCAAUUGUAUAUAAAAACCUUAUAUAUGACAAAUUAAAUUUAAAAAAGGAUAUGUGGGCUCCUGUAAUUUUCUGCUGCAUUUUUAUCCCCUCGAGCACUUAAUUUUUUUUUUAAUAACAUUUAGCUGCCAGAAAAAGGAUAUUUUGGUAAGCAGUUGAAUAUUUGGUAAUGUAUAACACUACAGCUGAAUCUAUUUUAAAGAUUAUAUGAAUCUUGCCAUGAAAUAACAGUUCAUAGAAAAAUCUUUGGACUCUUCUGGCUUCCUGCAAAUAUUAUUUUUAAAUGCCUUAUAUUUAUUCACAGAUUUUUAUUUUGUUAUAUUUGGUGGAAAUUUUCGAAUCAUUUGGAAUACAUUCUUGGACGUAUGCUGUGAUGUAACAAAUAGGAGUGUGUGUGAAUAUAUUUCUGUACUUGUCCCUCUUACCAGUUGCAGGAGCAAUCUACAGAAACUUACCUGUAGGUAUAAUGUAUUUUUAAUAUUUUCCUCUUACUAAUUAGAUCCAAAAUUUAUACAAUGUGCUAAACAAAGCUUUACUUACUCUUUUUUAAAGCAGUGAUCCCUCUUUUAAAUACAGUUGCUCUGAAGAAAGAUGAAUUGUUUCUUUCUUGGUACAUGAGAUAAUGUGAGGGAUAACUCAGUUUUUAAACAUCUAAUUUAUAAUUAAAUAUAAAAGUGAAGAAACAACCUAGCACUGGUGCACAUUUUUUAAGCUUUUUCACCUUUCUCCACAUUUAGUAUAAAUAAUAAUUUUAUUAAACAAGAUAACAUUUGACUAAAAGUAUAAUAGUUAAUGAAUUCAUAAUAAUAACAAUAAACGACCAGGGUUGACAUUAUUUUUAACUGAUCAACAUGUAGCUAGAGCAUUUGCAUUAACUGCUAUUGUGCAAAUUUCGUAGGAGAACCCAUAUUGCAUCUUUUUGAAACAAUGGAAUGGACUCUUACUUUCUUUACAGUACUACAUUUAGUUGUAUAUUUCAGUCAACUAAUUAGCUGAGUUGAAUGGAAAAUCUAAAACUGUAACAUUAAUUGUUGGAAAAUAUGUUCGUUAUUUGUAAGUCAGUAGUUAUGUAAAAGAACAAGCCAUAAAUUUAUUGACACAAUAUUAGGACAUAGCUGUAAUAAGGAACAUUCUUUAAAAAUAUGCCUUUUUAUUUUUGUCUUUAACAUGCUCGUUCUGCUUCACUACUUUUAUCCAUUUAUGCUUAUUUUUUCAAGGAUGGGAGAUUAUUCAUAGUACUGUAACAGUUAACCCUCCACUUUAAUACACAAUAAAUGAUUCUUACUAAAAAUAAUGGCCUGUUUGCUUAUAAAGAAAAUAUACUGUUUAGGUUAUGUUAGGAAAUAGUUUUCAGACUGGAAAACUGGAGUUUGAAUGUUAUGUUAAUUAGGUUCAGAGUGGGCGGUUUAGUAAAAUGACAGCCUUUACAAUUGGGUACAAAGUAAUAGAUUACAUGUAUGAUAAUUUCCCUUUUGUAAUCUGCGUAGUUUAAUAAGGUGUGCUGAUUUUAUGCAGAUUUUCAUUCAUUUUCAUGAGACUUAGCAAGAACAUACACUAGGGGUAAAUGGCAUGAUUCUUCUCUGUACCACAUUACUCUGUUUUUACUAGAAAGUGGUCUUUGGACUAUAAAUAAUACCUGUGUACUCCAUAACUAUGACAAAUGUUUUUAAAAAGGGAAAGGGGGAUGUGCAAAAGCAACUAUUCCUUAUAUAUGGAUUUUUUAAGACUUCAUGCUCCAUCUGAAACUUAACAGGAGCUAGUAAAUGUAGCUUAAUGUUGAAAUUCUGCAUAGUUUAUUUCUUAGCAUAAAAAGUAUUAAGUUUUUCUGAAUUGGUAUAUUUAAGUAUGUUAAUAUAGAUGCUUCUAUCAAACAAUAGAUUGCUUAAAUUUAAGACUUAAAAAUGGAAAUUAAAUUAUUACAUAUUAAAGCAGGUAUACAAAAUUUGUGAAGGGUAGAAUUAUGUUAAAAGGGAAGCAGCUAAAGAACAUUGCAAAAGCAAAAUUACCUUGAGACAAAAUGUCACAACUGUUAAUUUCCUCAGCUAUCCAAUUUUAGGUCUUUGGAAGAAAAUAAGUCAUUUAAAAUUAUAUUUUCUCCUGGCAAUGACUAGUAAGUGCUUUUUUGCAAUGCUUUAUGCUAAUUUUUGUGAGGAGGAAUUAUAUUGAUUUUAUUACAGGAAAUCUUGGGGUUCUUUAUUAUAUAGAAAGAUGUGGGGAUAGGAAAUUUUAAUUUUAACUAUGAAGCUAAAGAGAUUAUUCAGGAAAGUAAGAUUAAAGAAAACACUUUUCAGAUUUUGCAAAAUGCAUAUAUAAGUUCUCCAGUGGGGUUUUCUAUGCCUGGUUUUCUACCCUAAAAGACCAUUGACCACUUUGCCCUUUAGUUUUAAAAAGUUUCCAAACCUUUAUUUGAAACAGGAUUGGUAGUUCAAGCUCUUAGCUGAGCAAAAUGCUUUUAAUCCCAUAUUCUACCCUACAUUUGCAUCUUGAUCCAAAUAUUAGACUGAUGAGGUGUAAACCGGCUCCAAAAAAAAUCAUAAUGAUCCUAUUAAAUGAGCCAAGGAUAUUAGUUGUAUUGAUACAAGUUAUCUGGCAGAAAAUAUGGGUUAUGUUGUAAUUUCAUUAUAGUACGCUACUAUAAAUUACGUUUCCAAAUCUGUAGACUAAAUUGUGGAAUUGAGCUAUUUGUUGUUUUUUCCUGUUUACUUUUCAAAUCUGCUUUGUCUGUGGUGCUCUGCAGUUUCACUAUGUUGAAUCUAGGUGUGGCUUUGUUUUUUAAUUUUAUUUGAUCAGGUCUUGCCUUUUAUCCAUUCUUAGUAUUUUCUGGAACUUCUUUGUUGUUGCUGUAUAUGACUUGUUUUCUGUCCUAUGUCUCAGUAGCUUAGCUGUUUUUCCUUCUCUUUCCAUUUCUGUGCUGAAUAAUCUUCAGCAACAACCAGUCCCCUAAACUCAGGAUAUCCAAUAGGAGUCUAAUCUUAAAAUAUGCAAAACCAAACUUAACUUUUCAAUAUACCAAUAAUAUUAAAAAGAAAACUAACUCCCAUUGUUUCAUAGUUUUGAAUAAAUGGAUGAAAUCAAGAUCCUCAGCUCUUUGUCUGACUUAACCUUUUCCCCCUAGCUGUUUGUUUGCUUCACUCACAUUACCCCUGUUGCUGUUCUUAGAAUACAGCCGAGAAAACUGGAUUUUUGCACUGUUUUUCUCUACCAAGAUUGCUUUAUCCCUGAUUUAUGCAGAGCUUGUUCCCUCACUUAAUUCAAGUGUCACCUCAAAUGUCGUCUCAGGGCACCAUAUUAGCACACACCCUCAUUUUUAUAUAUCUGUUAUCUUGCUUUCCUUUUAGCACUUAACCCUACUUGACCUUAUAUAGUUAUUUUGUUCAUCGUUGACUGCCUCCUCACUAGAAUGUAAAUUCCAUUAAGGAAUUUUGCUUACUGCUGUAUCCACAGCACCUAAAACUGUGUCACUUAUUAAUUGUAUUUUCUUUAUUUUGGUGUCUUUUCCAGAAAUGCUAUGCCCUGUAAAGGGCCAACAUUACAAAAUUCUUUGUUUUGCCGUUGUUACCUGUUAUCUUGGAGUUUUUAACCCUGACUAAUAAUCACCCAAGGCACUUUAGAUCUAUAGAAGGACUAGGUCUCUAUUAGGAAUUAAAAUCAGCAGAGAAAGGCCCCAGUAAUGUUUUUUUUUAAUUAUUUGUUUGACUUGGAUGAUUAAUGCAAAGGUUAAUUCCACCAUUACAUAUAAUACACUUACAUAUAAUUGAAGAGGAACUGGUUUCUAUAAGUUAUUGCUACUUAGACAAUGUAAAUAUACCUUGCAAAGAGCUAUGCAAAAACAUGGUAUGUAAUAGGAGUAUAUGAAACUUGUUGAUUUGUCUCAUCCUUUGAAAGGAAACAUUUUUAGGUAGCAUAAUACACUAUCUUUUCAAAAAAGGAAAGAAAAGAACUUUUAGAGACUAAUGCAAGAGAAAUAUAUUGCAUUUCCAAUGUUUUAUAUGUGUACUAGCAAAAAAUCCCGUCGACGGGACCUAAUAUUUUUUUUCCUUUAAAAAUUUUAAGAUGUGUUACAUAAGUCAAAUUCAUCCUUUUUAAGGUGUACGGAUUGAUAAAUUUUGACAAAUUAUACAGUUGUGUAAUCACCAACAUAUUUAAAAUAUAGAACAUUUCUAUCACCCCAAAGUUCCCUUUUACCCCUUUACGUAAAUCCCGUAAUCCCUAUUAUCAGCCCCUAGCAAUGUCUGAUUUCUCCCUGUCAUUCUUCCUUUUCCAGAAUGUCAUAUAAAUAGAUUAACUGCAGUAGCCCUUUGAGCCUGGCUUCUUUCACUUUACAUAACACUUUGGAGACUCAUCCAUGUUUUGCACUUACCAGUAGUUAAUAUUUCUUUGAUAUGGUUAUACUACAAUUUGUUUAUCCGUUCACCAUUUGGAUAGGUAUUUGGAUUGUUUCAAGUCCUAUGGCUAUCAUGAAUAAAGGUGCUAUAAAUAUUUCAUGUACAGGUCUCUGUGCAUGGAAUGUUUUAAUUUUUCUUGGGUUAAUAUCUUGGAGUUGUAUUGCUGGUAAGUGGAUGUACCAUUUUACAUUCCUGCCAGCUAGAUGUGAGAGUUCUUACACUGUAUGCUUGCAAGCACUUUGUAUUGUCGGUUUUGUUGUUUAUUUUUGUUUUUUGUUUGUUUUUUUUAACCAUUCUAAUAGGUGUAUAGUGGUAUCUCGUGAUUUUAAUUUACAUUUCCCUAAUGACUAAUGAUAUUCAAUGUA